UGAGCCCACUUGUAUUGGCGAUGCAACCCGAUGGCAUAAAUUGUGUCGACAAGAGUGGAAAGGUAUGAUUCUUAUUCCCAACGGAGAAGAAAAUCAUAAACUGAAAACAUGGUUGUGUGGACCGACCAGGAGCGUGCCUAUAUCCAGGACAUUUUCAGCAAGCUUAACUAUGAGGACACUGGCCCAAAAGCCUUUAUAUAUUGCAUGGUCUUGGUUGUGUAUCCCUGGACUCAGCGGUACUUCGGAGGUUUUGGAAACCUGUACAGUGCAGAGGCCAUCAAGUCCAAUCCAAUGGUCGCAGCCCACGGAACUGUUGUGCUCCACGGGCUUGACAAAGCCAUGAAGAACAUGGAUGAUAUAAAGAACGCAUACGCCGAUCUGAGCGUUCUGCACUCCGAGAAACUGCAUGUGGAUCCUGACAACUUCAGGCUGCUGGCCGACUGCCUGACAAUCGUGAUUGCAGCGACGAUGGGUUCCUCUUUCACCGCGAACGUGCAGGCUGCCUGGCAGAAGUUCAUCGCUGUUGUCGUCUCUGCUCUGAGCAGACAGUAUCAUUAAAAACUCUCAAUUAUGGGGAAAUUAUUGUAUGUCUCUAAUGCAAUAAAGAGGAAUUGAUACGCACCUGGGCCAUCCGUUUAAACUCAUCAUUAUCCGAAUAUCAUUAAACGGAGAG